AUGACCACCCCCAAUUCGCUAGUGCUCCUCCUCGCCAGCAUUGUGCUCCUGUGUCUCUCCACGGCACAAGCAGGCCCGGGCGUCGACCCGGCAUCGAUAGCGCACCUCCCAUACCAGUACUUCCACGAGGACGGUGUGGGCGGUACGAACGCAGCAUGCUGGCUAUCGCGUCAACCCUUCCCACCCACCGAAGGCGUCCACUGUCGCUUCGCAGACACCAUCUCCCAAGUCAAGGGCCGCCAAAUCCACCAGUGCUCCGGCGAACAACACCUCUUCUGCAACGCUUGCCACGACCUCGAAACCAAACUCACAGAUCCAAAAGAACAGGUCGCCUGGAAGGUCCAAGGUUGCUAA